AUGAUCGCACCUGCCCCCGCACACACCCUCCUCACCCUCCCACCAGGUAUCCGUCCGUACCGCUGUGAGCUGUGUGACAAGGCCUUCACCCAGCGCUGCUCCCUCGAAUCCCACCUGAGGAAGAUCCAUGGCGUUUUCCAGCAGUAUGCCCACCGCCAGCGUCGCUCCAAGAUCUUCGUGUGCGAGGACUGCGGCUACACAUCCAACCGGCCCGACGAGUACUUCCUCCACAUGUGCCAGUGCCACCCGGGCAGCCAAGCCCUGCACCGCUACUACCGCCACCAGGCACAUGAGGGCGCCAACAACAUGCUCUCUCAACACAAACCCAGCCCCUUUUUUAUUUAUGCUACGGCUGGGUAUGAUAUGGGUUAA